UUUAGAAAGACGUAGUUAAAAGGAUUUAUACGGUAGACGCAAAAACAGAAAGUGACUAAGUUGGGGUCGUGAAAAUUAAAUUUACCCAAAAGUGACUAAGAUGGGGUCUAUAAUUGGCCAUAGAAUAUGACUACAAUGGGGUAGGGGUUCUGAGAGGCCAGUGGCACAUACCCAACAAAGAUUGACCCAAGUACCCCCCCACCCCCACCCCCCGGGCUCUAUAUCGUCACGAAGCGAUUCCUUCCGAGGUUUUGCGUGACUUUUGGCUUUGGCGUAAGGGUUGCAAAGGAAGGACAUUUGAAAUACCUCAGCCUUUACAAACGUCAAAAUACACCCCCGAUGUGGGUUUCCAUAGGGUUAAGCUUACAGAAGAUUUCCCAAAUGUUCCCCGAGGGAAACUGGGAACGUAAGGUUGCGGUCAAUAGAGACUAGGCGCGCAAUGGGUUAUGGGCCAGUAAGAAAUAUGGCGGACGGAGGAGCAGCGACUCCCCAACAAAGUCAACAAAGUUCAGAGGAACCGUUAGGGAUGAGGGCUGUGUUGAUUGGAGCUACUGGUGCUAUCGGCGAGUGUUUGCUCGGUGAACUUUUGUGCUCUAAGAAUGUGUCAAAAGUUGUUUCUUUGGGACGGAGAAAUGCCACGGUUCCUGAAGGGUACUCUAUUGACCAAAAAGCUGAAGAAGAGUCAGGGAGGCUUGAACAACUUGUUGUGGACUUUGAGGCAAUAAGCAGUGAAACAGUUGGGCCACAAUUUGAGGACAAAGAUGUUUUCUUUUGUACUUUGGGUACCACUCGACGUGCCGCUGGGUCAGCUGCUGCUUUCAGACAUGUGGAUUAUGACUAUGUUGUUAAUUGUGCAAAAAUUGCCAAAGAAGCCAGUGUUCCUCACAUGACAUAUAUAUCUUCUCAAGGAGCAAAAUCAUCCAGUCUUUUCCUUUAUCUCAAAACUAAAGGCGAGGUAGAGGAUGCCUUGAAAGAAAUGCAUUUUCCAAAAACAAGCAUAUUCAGACCUGGUGUUCUUGAUAGAGGUACCAAAAAAAGAUUUGGAGAGAAGUUGGCUGGUUGGGUGAUGAGCACCAUUUCUGUGGCAAAAGUUGCAAAAGCAAUGUUGGCUGAUGCCGAGAACUAUGUAAGGAGCAGUAAGAAUGAGGGAACUCAACAAGAGACAACUUCAGCUGUCACUUACGGAAAUGCUGAGAUCUUAGCUUUGCUGUCUACAAGUUAAUACUUGACUUUGAACUUAUUCUCGCACUGUUGGGGAUUCAUUCCAUAAAUUGUAUUUAGUUAUGUAACAGCUGUUAUACCGUGGGGGUGGGCAAGGGACCCUGGCAUUGGGUGGGGUUCAAUUUUUGCUGUAUACAUGUAUGUGCCACUGGCCUGGAAAUUCCAAGUUAGUCACUUUCUGUUCAUUCAUCUACCUUACAAGGCCUAAAAUGAAAUGACACAUUUGUCAACCUGAAUGUAGAGCACUUGCAAACAAAAUUUUCACCCCAUAUUGAUUUAUCUUCCAAUUUUCAAAUAGCUACUUGCCAGAUGUUUCUUACCCCCAAA